UCCCUGGAUGGAGUGAUGGAGAGAUAAAUUGUCCUGCCAGUCUCUUCUCAGCCUGUUGCUGGUACCUUGGGGGUGAAUCAUUAUAAUCAGAAAUAUAAUUAGCAUUAAAUAUUAGACCACUAACACAGUCAUGACAGGGCGAGAGAAAGUGGAGGAGAAGCCGCACGCGAAGCUCCUUCCGACUCCGACUUUUUACAGCGCCGACAAGUCGCGCGUCGGCGCGUCGGGAUUUCGGUCCAAAGGCUUCGCCAUCACCGACCUGCUGGGCCUCGAACCGGACUUCCGGCCGCGUCAGAGCAGCGCUUUGGAAGUCACCGAGCACCUCGGGGGCACUAAUGAGGGUCACGGGACCGGAGGCUUCUCGUUGCCCGCCGCGGGGUCUCUCCCGCUUGGUCUGGGGUUCCUCUGCAGUCUGGCGGCGCAGCAGCCUCCAGGUGCUCCGUGUUUCCUCCAGGGACACAUCCCGCUCCUGCAGUCCCGCACUGGCCGACACUUCAACCCCAACUCGGGACCACAGCGGCACGACGUCUAUUCCGAUGAAGACUGCCUUUCUGGGGAUCUUAAUGAAGAGAAAAGCUCGAGCAACUCUCAGAAACGAAAGAAACGCCGACACAGGACGGUGUUCACCUCUCACCAGCUGGAAGAACUGGAGAAGGCUUUCAACGAGGCCCAUUAUCCAGAUGUUUACGCUCGCGAAAUGUUGGCCAUGAAGACAGAGCUCCCCGAGGACAGGAUACAGGUAUGGUUCCAGAACCGCCGGGCCAAAUGGAGGAAGCGUGAGAAGUGCUGGGGCCGUAGCAGCGUGAUGGCCGAAUACGGUCUGUAUGGCGCCAUGGUCCGUCACUCCAUCCCUCUACCGGAAUCCAUCCUCAACUCUGCCAAAAACGGCAUGAUGGGCUCGUGUGCCCCCUGGCUUCUGGGGACUCCUUUCACUCUUCAAAAUCAGGACAAGCUAUCAGCAGCACCAGGGACUGGCCCCGGCCGGAGAGGAAUGCAUAAAAAGUCCAUGGAAAUGUCCAAAAAGUCCCCAGCGAAGCCUGAAUCCUCUUCACACUCAGAGACAUACCCCGAGGAGACGAACGCUAAAGACGGAGACGCCGCAUGGCCGAGACGAGGCUCUGUGACAGAGGAUGUGGAGGACAUGGCCAUAGAUUUGUCCAGCACAUCCAAGCAGGACUGCAAGAGUGCACUGAAAGUCUCAUCUCCUCAACCUGAUCCCAACAGCGACUAUGAACACGAGAACUGAAAAGUAUGCAGUGUAGAGAUACAUCACAAAAUUAUGGACCUCUAUUUUGAACCCAUGUUUCCUCAUCAGCGCUGAGUUUGCUUUUGUUUGUUGAAUUUCUUGUUUAUAAUGUGUUUCAUCUUAACUAUUCCAUGUCACGUGUAAUGCAGUGGUUAUGAGACGAUGGCUAAAGGUGUACAAGUGUGCUGCCUGUAAAGUCACAUAGUACAGGUUGUUUAUUGGAUAUUUACAUAUGAUUUUUUUUCUUGCUUUAUUUAUUUAUUUAUUUAUUUAUUUUUACUAAUAUGCCCUUGUUGAAAAAUAAAACUGUCACUAAAAAUGAUGUUCCUCGAUGCACACAGCUCUGAAGCACUUUAUCUGCAUUAUUGCUAAUGAGUCAACAAAGAAAUGAAAUGCCAAGCAAAUCAUCAU